ACAACAUUUCAAAGCAUUGAAAAACUGGUGCCUCGGUUCACUGUAUAUUUAGUAAACACAAAAGCACCAAUAAAGUGAAGAAAACAAGUGCACAAAAGUAGAGCCUUGACAGAACAUUCAUGGAGCUACCGGGAAACAUUCAAAGUACAAUGAUGACAAGACACCAAAAAGCUGAGGUAAUGAUUGCCGGAGAACAGCUAAGAUUACGACUACAUGAUAGCAAGUUGAUUAAGGACCACAGACACCAUUUGCGAACAUACCCGAAUUGUUUUGUGGCUCAGGAGUUAAUUGAUUGGCUGAUUGCUCAUAAAGAAGUAUCUGAUCGAGAGACAGCUGUCCAGCUCAUGCAGUACCUCAUGGAACAUGAUAUCAUUCAUCACGUGUGUGAUAAGUGGUCCGUGUUCAAAGAUGCCAAAUACUUGUACAGAUUCAGAAAAGAUGAUGGCACAUUUCCUUUCAACAUAGAAGUUAAGAUCUUCAUGCGUGGACAGAGGCUAUAUGAACACCUUAUCCCAAGUAAAGACUCCAUCUUACAGCUGAGACAGGAAAAGGGAGUGGCUUAUGAACGGUCUUUCCCUGGUUACAUGUUAAUUGAUUGGCUGCUACAGAAUGGUGAAAUAGAGAGUCGGCGGCAAGGACUAGAUCUCUGCAAGGCCCUUCUGGAGCAUGAUAUCAUUCAGCAUGUCUCUCUGAAGCACCACUUUUUUGACAGCGGGUUGCUGUAUCAAUUCUGCAUUAACUUCCGCCGGCGGCGCUGUCUCUCUGAACUGCUGCAUGAGACAGACAAUGAAGAGAUCGAAUGUAAAACACAGCAUGACCAAGACAGUCCCUUCACACUGCACAGAACAUUUCCAUCUGAGAGCAAAAGUGACUUCUUAUCUGUUGAACCUGCAAUGGAUGUGCUUACAGAUGGACACUGUGGAAGUUUGACCCACCAGCAGCACAGUUCAUGUGGAUACCCACUCAAUGUUUCUAUUCCCACUGCUCUUGCAGUACGAUGCAAUCCCACAUCAGUGCUGAAAAGACAUGUAACCUGUGAGGAGCUGUUUUCUCCAGGUGCUCCUUAUAUAAAAAGAGUUAUUACGAUCCUCGGUGAUGACCUAGGGUGGGGCAUUGUAGUACGGGGAAAAUCACCUUGUUAUGUUCAGGCGGUGGAUCCUGGAAGCCCUGCUGCGGCAGCAGGAGUUAAGGUACGCCAGUUUGUGUGCCGAGUGAAUGGAUGCAGUGUGCUUCACCUGGAUUAUCGUACCCUCUCUAAGCUGGUAAUGACUGGACCCCGUUUUGUUACUUUGGAAGUGAUGCAACCACUGGAUUAAUUUGGCAUUGAUGGAAUAAAAUAAAAAAUUAUACAUUUUGAAA